AUGAAGUCCUCGACCCCAAGACGAGGAAGAAAUCAUCAGCCUAGCCUCAUGUCAAAUUUGGUUUGCCUUUUGUUUCGUCUUCUAUGUUUCUCUCUUUGGUUUCUGCUCGGAGUCAAGUCAGAGAGUACUAGUGAAAUAAUGAAAAAAUUUGCAGAAACGAAAACCUUGGUACAUGUUGGAGUAAUUCUUGAUUUGAACUCACCAGUUGGUUCCGUGGCAAAUGCAUGCAUUCCCAUGGCAGUCUCCGACUUCUAUGCUGCUCAUCCGAGCUUCAGAACAAGAUUGUUUCUACACCUAAGGGACUCCAUUGAUGUUCUUGGCGCUGCUUUUACAGCUCUAGAGUUGAUUGAUAAGGAAGAAGUUAACGCAAUUAUUGGGCCCCAAAGAUCAAUGCAAGCAAGAUUUGUGAUAGAUAUUGGCCAGAAAGCUCAAGUUCCCAUUAUUUCUUUUUCAGCCACAAGUCCCACACUCUCCACAACCCAAAACGCUUUCUUUGUUCGGACAGCCCUAACUGAUAGCACUCAGGCGAAAGCCAUCGCGGCCAUCGUUCAGGCAUACAGAUGGCACGAAAUAACCCUCAUAUACGAAGACACAGAAUAUGGAAGCGGUUUAAUGCCCUAUCUGGGGGAUGAAUUUCAACAAUUUGACAUUCGAGUGACUUCCAGGUUUUCCAUCUCCCCAAAUUCUGGUGAAUUGAGGAUCUUAAAAAUGCUCAACAAGGUAAUGGUAAUGCAGACAAGAGUGAUUGUGGUACACAUGACCUCUUCCUUAGGGUCUAAACUCUUUUCAGUUGCAAAAGAAGCAGGCAUGAUUAGUGAAGGAUACGCAUGGAUUAUCACUGAUGGACAAUCAAGUUUGUUGGAUCCCAUGGGAGCAGAGGUCAUUCGAUCAAUGCAAGGUGUAUUGGGUGUAAGGCCAUACAUACCCCAUUCCAAACGCCUUGAAAAUUUUCAAACGAAAUGGAAAAGUCGGAUUCACUCUAAUUCUACCAAAUUAAACAUUUUUGGUUUAUGGGCAUAUGAUACUGUUUGGGCACUCGCAAAGGCUGUUGAAAUGGUUAGACAUAAGAGCUCCAGUGUUACAGGACAAAAUUACGGCAGGAAUACAAGUCAGUUUCCUAAUAUAAAAGUUUCUAAAAUAGGCCGAAUGAUCCGAAAUAGUUUCUUAAAAGCCAAAUUUAAAGGCCUCAGCGGAGAUUUCCUUUUGGUUGAAGGACAGUUGCAAUCUUCUGCUUUUGAAAUCAUCAACGUGGUCGAUAACGAGGAAAAUGUUAUUGGGUUUUGGACCCCUCAGAAUGGAUUGACUAGGGAACUAGGCCAACCUGAAAAUGCAACAUAUUCAACGUCCAUGUAUGAACUUAAACCACCUACCUGGCCAGGAAACACAAAAGCUAUGCCCAGAGGUUGGACAGCACCUGUUGAUGGUAAGAAGUUGAGGAUUGGAGUCCCAGUGAAACCUGGCUUUGAGGCAUAUUUGAAGGUGGAAUGGGAUCGUUACACCAAUGAGCCCAUCGUAACAGGGUUCUCUUAUGAUGUAUUCCUGGAGGCAUUAGCGGUUUUACCUUUUGCAGUUCCGCAUAAGUGUAUUCCUUUCCCCAUUGGUUCCAGUCUAAGAGCAGGAACAUAUGAUGAGCUUCUUCAUCAUGUCAAACUUCAGAAAUAUGAUGCUGCAGUGGGAGAUAUAACAAUUUUGGCAAAUCGGUCUCAAAAUGUAGAUUUUACAUUGCCUUACCUGGAGUCACAUGUGUCCAUGGUUGUGAAAAUAAAAGAUGAUCAGAGAAAGAAUAUGUGGAUAUUCCUGAAGCCGCUUAGUUGGGAUCUUUGGUUAACAUCAGGGGUAGCGUUCAUAUUCACCGGUUUAGUAGUAUGGGUUUUGGAACACCGUAUAAACAACGACUUCAGAGGUUCCCCCAGGCAACAAGUAGGAACAGUUUUUUGGUUUUCCUUUUCAAUUCUGGUGUUUGCUCAUAGGGAAAGGAUUAUAAACAAUUUGUCAAGAUUUGUGCUGAUUAUAUGGAUUUUUGUGGUACUCAUCCUCACCCAAAGUUACACCGCAAGCUUAGCCUCGAUGUUAACAGUGCAACGUUUGCGACCAACAGUCGUAGAUGUCGAUGAGCUAAAAAAGAAUGGUGAUUUCAUAGGAUACGAAACCGGUUCUUUCUUGAAAGACUUUUUGGUAAAACAAUUGUACUUCGACGAGUCUAAGUUAAGGAAUUAUGGCACUGCAGAGGAGUUUGACAAAGCAUUAUCAACGGGAACCCAAAAUGGUGGUGUUGGUGCAAUUUUUGGUGCACAACAUUGCGUUGAGCUUUUUCUUGCCAAAUAUUGCGACAAAUAUAUGAUAGCAGGACCAACAUACAAAACCGAUGGACUUGGUUUCGCUUUCCCACAGGGGUCACCUUUAGUCGCCUAUAUAUCCAGAGCAAUCUUAACCGUGACUGAAAAUAAAACGAAAAUGGAUGCAAUGGAGAAAAAAUAUUUUUCACAACGAAGUGCUUGUGAAUUAGAUCAACAAGCAACGAUUUCUUCUGAUAGUCUUAGCUUGUACAGCUUCGGGGGUUUGUUCAUCAUUACAGCAAUUGUUUCUGUGUGUUCACUCAUCAUUUACUUGUCUGAAUUUCUACAAUCUCAUUGGACCACAGUACACACUACACGUCAAGACAGCUCAAUUUGGUCAAAAAUUAAUGAAUUGGUAAAGCGUUUUGAUCACCAAUCUCCAUAUCUCGUGCCCAUGAGAGAUGUUAAUGCAACUAAUAUUUCACAAAGUGUUGAAGUUUUGGCUGAUGCUGAAAGUAUUUCAAAUAGCUCAAAGGCUUCAAAUGAAGGUGUAGAUAAUGUUGUUUCUGACAAUAUUACUGAGAGUAGCUCAAAUGAAAGUGUAGAUAAUGUUGUCGUUGAGAAUAUUACUAGGAGUAGCUCAAAUAGACAAAAUCUAUGUGAGGUAAAAAUACAUUUCGCAAAAGGAUGGAAUACAUUAAGCUCUGUUGAGCUCUCUUCUAUGGUGCCAUUUAAAGCUCCAGCAUCAGAUGAUCAACAGACAGGAUUUUAUCAUAUUAUUUUUAGUUUGCUUAGACCAUAUAAAAAUUAUGGUUCAAGAAACGGUGCAUUCUUUUGGUUGGAAGCAAGAUGGAAGCUAAUUAGAUUGUCUCGAAGAGGUCCUACACUAUCUCAUGUUUCCUUUGCAUAUGAUCAUAUUAAAGUUUCAUGCUGUUCAAAGGAGAGGAGGAAAGAGUUAAAGGCUGUUCAAAUUUCUAUCUUCUCUCAUGUCCUUACUGUUAAAUUGGUUGAGUACUUGAGUUGGUGA